AUGGCUCGUCAGGAGCAACCUGGGGAUCGCGGGAGCGACGAGGCCGAGAGGCUGCAUCCAGACGGUCCGUUUGAAGCCAAUCACAUGAACGGCCAAGCUAACGGCCAUGCGGAGAGUCAUGAAGGGAGUCGAAUGCUAAACGGAGAUUCUCACGUCGUGGUUGACGUUGACGGUAGCGUUAGCGGUAUCGCACUGUCGAUUAAUGGAGCAGAGACUUCCGGGAAGCAUUCAGCGAGGGAUAGAGGCGGAAGAGGCGAUGGGGGGGAGGAGGGGGGAGAAGGGGAAGAUUGUGGCAGUGAAGGAGGAGGGGGAGGAGGAGGGAGAGGAGUGGGGGGCGUGUAUCAACGCAAGAGCAAGGUGAUGGAUAAAUGCCACACGAUGAGCGGAUACAACAAGAAGAACAUCACCGAUACAAUCACAGUCAAGUUCAAGGACGUGCGCUACAAGGUUCAAACCGCCAAGGCGGGUUCCUGGGAUCCGCGCCACUCCUGUCUCCCCACGCUCCCGGCCCUCCCCGCGGUGCUCACCUCCAAGCGCGGGGGAACCGCAGGCGGGGGAGGCGCUGUGGGAGGCCCUGGGGGAGGCGCGGAAGCGGGGGCGGCGGGGAAAGCGGGCGCGGAGGUGCGGGAGAAGGAGAUUCUGCACGGGAUAAGCGGGAGUGUGGCGCCGGGGGAGGUGCUGGCGAUGAUGGGGCCGUCGGGGGGAGGCAAGACGACGUUUCUGAACGUGCUGGGGGGGCGGUUCAAGCAGGGCAACAUGGCGGGCACGCUCACUUACAACGACCUGCCUUAUAGCAAGGCGCUCAAGAGAAAGCUGGGGUUCGUGACGCAGGACGAUAUAUUCUUCCCUCACCUGACGGUCCGCGAGACCCUCAUGUAUGCUGCUGUGCUGCGCCUGCCCAAGGAGCUGAGCUGGGCGGAGAAGGUGCAGCGUGCUGAUGAGACCAUCACAGAGCUGGGCCUUGAUAAAUGUCGCAAUACAGUGAUUGGAGGGCCAUUCCUCCGCGGCAUAUCCGGGGGGGAGCGCAAGCGAGUGAGCAUCGGGCAUGAGAUCCUCAUCAACCCCUCCAUGCUGCUGCUCGAUGAACCCACGUCUGGUCUCGACUCUACCACGGCUCUCCGCAUCAUUCAAGUCAUUCAAAACCUCGCCAAAUCGGGCCGAACCGUUGUUACUACCAUUCACCAGCCGUCCUCCAGGCUGUUCCACGCGUUUGAUAAGCUGCUGCUCUUAUCGGAGGGCAACGCGAUUUUUUUCGGGCAGGCUGCGGACGCGAUGGGGUAUUUCGGGCGGUUGGGAUUUGAGCCGCUGUUUGCGAUGAACCCAGCGGAUUUCCUGCUGGAUUUGGCGACGGGGACGACGGCGGAUGUGCGGUUGCCGGGUGUGUUUGGGGAGAGCGAGGAGUGGCAGGAGAAGAGCGUUCUGGAGCAACAACACGACGUGAAGGAGUUCGUGGCUCGAGGGCACAGGGAGCAGCAGCAGCCGCUGGUGCAUGCUGAGCUGGCGGGGCUGCCCACCAGCUCAGAUGCCGACCAGAAGAGCGUGCUGCAGCGGCGGGGGUGGACGGCGCCGUGGCUGCUGCAGUUCUCGGUGCUGUGGACGCGCGGGCUCAAGGAAAGGAGACACGAAGUGUUAUCACCCCUUAGGUUCUACCAGGUGACAGCGCUGGGCUUCAUCUGUGGCAUGCUGUGGUUUGGGUCGGAGCGCAACACUGCCACAGAGAUUCAGGACCAGGUCGGACUGCUCUUCUUCAUCUCCAUCUUCUGGGGCUUCUUCCCUCUCUUUGCCGCCAUCUUCACCUUCCCCCAGGAGCGCUCCAUUCUAGCCAAGGAGAGGGCGAGUGACAUGUACCGGCUGUCAGCCUACUACCUCAGCCGCCAGCUCUCUGACCUCCCCAUGGAGUGGCUGCUCCCCACACUCUUCCUCCUCAUCUGCUACUUCAUGGCGAACCUCAAGCUCACUGCAGCGGCCUUCUUUGGCCUCCUCUUCUCAACCUACCUCAUCGUCACCACGGCUCAGGGCUGCGGGCUGUUCCUGGGAGCAGCGGUGAUGGACGUGAAGGUUGCAACGACACUCGCCUCGGUGCUCCUGCUGACGUUCAUGCUCGCAGGAGGAUACUACCUGCAGACCAUCCCCGCCUUCAUCGCAUGGAUCAAGUACAUCUCCUUCACCUACUACGCGUACCGCCUCAUCAUCAAAACCCAGUUCUCGCCCUCCGAUACCUUUGAAUGCGGCCCGCCUAGCGACCCGAGUGCCAUCAUCUGCCCGAUUUCGGACGCGCCCUCGUUCCGAGGGUUCUCGCUGGGAGACGCGUGGGUGGAUGUGCUGGCGUUGCUGGCGCAGGUGGUGUUUUAUCGCACGCUUGGGUACUUUGCCCUGAGGAGGAUGAAGACGAAUGUAUAG